AUGACUGAACCCCUCCCCGAAGCCCUUCAUAACAUACCCCUCCCCGUAGCCCUUCGUGACAUAUCCCUGCCAACGAGGGGAAUAUGUUUUUUUUUCAGUGGAUACCCCAAUCUUAAAAAGUAUUGGGGGUCACUGCAAUCAGAUCAAGAGUUCGAAGCCGUUAAGACUAGAAAUUGCUCUAUCCUAGCCAACGCUAUCACCGGCGGGGGCGUCGUCCUCGCUAUCAAUGGCGUAUUCGUUACCACAAGCUCUCCGGUGACCGAUAUUGACUACACAUCGCCUGCUCCCUACUUUCUGUCCUUGACAUCUCGCAUGUUCGCCAUGAUCGCAAUGGUGAUAUCCGGCCUGAGCAUGAUGCGCUGGCUCCACGCCGAUCGAGAACGGACUAAAGAACAAGUCAGGCGAGGCGGCUACUUCCUCAUCUCCCACCUGUUAUCAAUCGUCACCCCCAUGUUCUUCCUUGCCUUGUCCAUGAGUUUGUUCUUCCUUGCGAUAUUGAUAGCAGGCUUUUCCUCCCAAAGCAUAACCUGCCUCAUCGUCACUGCACUCUGGAUGGUCGCAUACAUCAUUGGCAUUGGGGCGGUAUCUGUGGAAUGGGUAUUUGCGUGGAGGCACGCACCAGCCUCAAACGACGGAGAACAUAACACGUCUGUGUAA